AUGAAUUACAAUGAAGGAUUCUCCGGACGAAGAUCAAGGCGACAAUCAACUUCUGAUUUUAUAUGGAAGGAUCCGGUAGACAUAAGUGGUAAAGAGGAAGAUCUAAAGUUAGGUUGGGAAGAAAGAGAUCCUGAGGGGCAAGAAAAGAUGGAGAUGGAGAAUGAAUCAGAAAGAUAUGAAGUUGAAAGUGUGAUGUCACGUAGGGUUGAAAAUGUGACGGAAAAAGCAGCAUUUCGAAGUAAAUUUUUAGCAGCACUUGAAUUAAGUUUACAUCUUGAUACGGAACUUUAUGAUAAAUUAAUUCUUAAAAGAGGAAUUAAAGAUAGUAGUGAUGUUGGCCCUAGAUUGGAAACUGUUCCAGUCGCGAUGAUGCCUGUUAGCAGACAAAAUAGUUAUUCUUCUUCCAGAAGUUAG